CUGUUUUCUUCUUCUUUGUUGUGUUGACUAAUUUUUUUGUUUUGUGUAGUAAAUCAAAUAUUGCAACAAUUUACACUUCUUUUAACUUCGAUAGCAUAUAAUUUUCCAAAAAACUAUGACUUUACCGGAGUUUUUUGGUUGUUCCAUGAUAGCAUUUGGACCACCACUUGCAUUGUUCAUAUUUACAAUUGCUAAAAAUCCCAUACGUGUUAUUAUACUUGUAGUGGCGGCAUUCUUUUGGCUGUUGUCUUUGUUAACAUCCUCCCUCUUUUGGUAUGUGGUCUUACCAUUGCGACAUAUUUUGGCAUUUGGAACGGUUUUCUCCGUAUUGUUUCAAGAAUAUUUUCGUUAUUUGCUAUAUUUAUUGUUGAGAAAAUUCGAAGAAGGUCUGGAGGCAGUUGCUGAUGAUAGAAGACUUUUAGAAAAUAAACACAUAUUAGCAUAUGUAUCAGGUUUUGGAUUCGGUAUUAUUUCCGCCAUGUUUGCUUUGGUCAAUGUAUUGGCGGAUUUGACUGGACCAGGCACCUUAGGUCUAAAUGGAGGCACUGAAAGUUUCUUUAUGGUUUCAGCUGCUCAAGCUUUAUCCAUAUGUUUACUGCACGUCUUUUGGAGUGUGAUUUUCUUUAAUGCAUUCGAUACCACCAACUAUGUACAUAUUGUUUAUGUUGUGGGUUCCCAUUUGUUCGUCAGCCUGAUCACUUUACUUAAUACUCAACAACUAUAUGCUGCCUCCCUAUCAAUUAACUUCACAAUAACUAUAGUUACUGCUGUUUUGGCAUUCCGUGUGGCUGGUGGCACAAUACGUUCCUUUAAACGUUUUAUUACCUGCCAAUAAUGCAUUGUAAUCAAUAAACAAAAAAGACUAACUCCUCAUAAUCCUCCUCUAUUCUCCAAAAGACACAGAAUUUAAGCCCUCUAAUUUAGUAUUAAGUCAAAGAUCAUAAUGAAUGUAUUUGGAAUUUAACAUUGAUAUUGACAUUAUAAUUAUUAUAAUUUGUAUUAGUAAUAAAAUCUAUACCUAAAUUAAUAUAAUAAA